AUGUCAUACACCCAUGGGAAAGAAGACAGGGACGAUGCCGUUGAGAGGCGUUCGGAAGAGGCGACGCAACCACCCUCCCUCAGGUCUCCUGAAUGCCAGGCAGGGGCACGGAGGAUGAAGUCCACGGAUCUGGGGAUUUUGUUCACGGGUGAACGACCCGAGAUAUUCGAGUCGGUUUCCAAACUGGGCUUCGGCCGGAGCCUUGUGCUUGCCAAUAAGUCACCUUCACCCGCCGACCACGUCCGCAAAGGGCGCAUCGUCGACCCCGAGUACAUGGACCUCGGGAUCCUCAAACACUGGAAGAGCCACUGCCUGACCUCCCACGGCACCAGGUGCCAGAAUCCGAUGAGGAUCUGGCCCACCUGCGCGGCUUGGCUUGUGGACGUCAAGCAGAAGUGCGUUGUACGAGGCGACGACCCUACCGUCAGCUCCUCGCCCUUUGUGGCGCUUAGCUACCGCCGGGAAACCGAGCCCGGCGCCGGCGUCAUGCCCGAGUCCAUGCUGGGCCUACAGCGGCCUGGCAUACUUGACGAAGAAGGGGCUAGCGGCUGGGUAUCUCCCCUAGUCAGACACGCCAUGUACCUCACCGCAGUCCUUGGUGAGCGCUACCUAUGGGUCGACACCCUCUGCAUAGUCCACGGCGAUGGCACCACCGCCGAGCAGCUAGGUCUGAUGGGUGCCAUCUACGCUAGCGCCAUGGUGGUCAUCGUCGCCGCUGAUGGCGAUGCGCAGGACGGGAUUGCGGGACUGAAGGGAAUUCCCGAAUCACUGCCGCGGAAAUCCCAGCAGUGCCUCAUACCGUUUGGGGAUGACGAAACUAUCGUCGCGCGGACCAACUCGCCGUUCUCGCUAAUCCACGGUGGACCGUACUACGAGCGUGGCUGGACAUUCCAGGAGCACAAGAUGGCGAGCCGCAAAUUAUUCCUCAAGGACGGCCUGGCACACUGGGAGUGCCAGCACAGCCUUUGGCACGAGGAUCUUGUUCGGGGAGUAGAGCUCGACAAAUACAUCGAGCCACGGCUCCGCGAGGUCCUGGCUGGAUUCCCCAUGCUCAGCAGCCUGAGCAACAUAAUCGGCAACUAUAACGAUCUGGAGCUCCGCUACGAGGAGGACGCGCUGCCUGGGAUCAUGGGCCUUUUGUCAGUGCUCAGCCGGUCGUUCACUGGAGAGUCUCCCACAACUGCUCCUCACGACCGUCGGGAAAUACGGUCAUCAUGGUAUGAGCAGAGAAGCGGCUGGAAGAAAAGCGCGGCAGAUGUCGCCUCGCCACUACCAGCAGGCUGGACCCGUCGCGAGGUCAAGCCUGGAAGCACUUCGACGUUCAGGGACGAACCGCUCCUAUGGCCAGAAGAGUGCGAAGGAUACGUGUACAAACACAAGAACUUGCCUGAUGAGGACUACGGUCCCACGGACACGUUCUUCUACCCCUUCCCAGUCCCUGACAUCACGGAGGCAACUCCGCCUGACAUGCCUGAGCAGACGAAGUAUCUGUUCUGCACGACUUUGACAGCUCGCCUUUGGACCCGUGGGGAGAAGGUUGUCGAUCGCAGGGUUAUAGAUACUGAUUCAAGCCUUUGCAUAAGUAUACACGAUGCGUCCGGCGACGCGGUCGGAGAGCUCCAGCUACAUGAUCACGAUCAGCUGAAGCGGCUUGAAGACGCAUCGGUAAGCACUGAGCUGGGUGUGCAGGUCGAGAUUGUGGCGAUCAAUCGCGUGCGGACAUGGGGGAAUACUUUCAUCGAGGAAGAGCAACGACGGGGUCUCCCUCAGUGGACUCGAGAUGAAUAUACUGUCCUGUGGAUAGAGAGGACGGGAUCGGUCGCUUAUCGCAAUGCCGUGGGGUCGAUCGAGAAGUCCAAGUGGGAGCGACUUGAUCUCGAACAGGUGGAAUUAGUUAUGGGAUAG